AUGGGAACCUGCGGGUCGUCAGAAGCGGCGAGGGGUCGCGGCACAGCGGCGGAGUCAGGUGACACAGCGAAGGUGGUGCAUGCGGGCGACGGCAGGGCGUGGGAGUACGCAGGGGGGACGUCGACGGCGGCGGGCGUGGAGGCCAAGAACCCCGGAUACUACCUCUGCAGCGGCGAGGCCAUGCGCGUGGGGGAGAUUCCGGCGAGAGUGGCGGACGCCGCCGAGCUCCAGUCGGGGCAGGUCUACUUCCUCCUCCCCCUCGCCUCCUUGCGAAGGCCACUCUCCCUCCCCGACCUCUGCCAACUCGCCGGCAUGGCCGCCACCGCCUUCCGCCGCCUUCCUCGACAUGCUACCACCCCGCCGCCGCCGAAACCGGCGAAGUCUCUCCUUCUCCGCGCCGUGCUCGGAGGAGCCGGGUGGCGGUGGGUUUGA